AUGUCUGCGCUCGAGGUUGUCAUGUACAUCUCUGCUGCUUCGCUCUCCAGUUGGUAUGAUCCACUAUUUGGGGCGGAAGACAACGACAGUCCAUAUAUACACACCACACCUCUAAGUCAGAACCACACCAACCCAAAGUUGAGGGCUACUCGUGCCUCUUCAUCGGGUGCGACCGACAAGUGCCGUUUCGUGAACCGAGGGACCGCAACCGCCAUAUGUGCCGCCACUUCCCCAAAUCAUGGAAAUGCUGUCAGUGCGACAGGAAGUGGUAUAACCGCAGAGACGGGCUGGUCAAGCACUUCCGCGACACGCAUGGCCGCAGCAUCUCUCGGGAUGAACUUGAGCGUUGUCGCGUCUCCGGGAGAACACUGGAGCCGUGGCUUACGCCAGAGGGCGUGA